UGCUUUUGAUUGUAUUGACCCAUCAACAAUGUAUGCAAAUGAUCUAUCAUCUGCUCUCACUUUAUAAUUCUUUUGCAUGGUCGGUUUUGGAUAUCCUACCCUUCCUGACGUCCUGCAAUUAUAGACAGCCAUUCGUCGUAAAGUAAAUUCCCUUCGGCUCAUCCCAAGGUCCAUAUAAAGACACCGACUCCUUUCUUGAAGCCACUCCUCUAUGGCUCAUUGAGAUUUGACAAUGACUUUUGUAGGCUAAUCAAGCCCAACAUGCAUGCCCUUUCCCUCUUUCGUUCUUUUUCUUUCUUUCUUUCUUUCUUUCUCACAGAUUCCUUGCAUGUCCCACGCCUUUUUCUUUUCAAAGUAUUCCUCCCCCGUGUACAAAUAAAUGCCACCUAUUGAUUCUUCAUUCUCACUGAUCUCCACCAUCUCCAUCCCAUACAAAGCACACCCUCUUGGCUUCUCUAUCCUCCCCUGUGCCUCAUGGUUCCGGAGUUAGAGAAACCUCGAGUCACUGAGAUACAAGUCCGGAUGGACUGCAAUGGGUGUGUACAGAAGAUCAAGAGAGCACUGCAUGGCAUUAAUGGUAUAUAUGAUCUCUACAUUGACGUCCCUCAACAAAAAUUGACAAUAAUAGGGUGGGCAGAUCCAGAAAAAAUUCUCAAAGCCAUUAAGAAAACAAGGAAAAUUGCCACCAUAUGUUCACACACAGAACCCACAGAACCCCCUGCACAGCCACCAGAACAAGCACCUGAAGGGGGUGGUGCACCAGCCCCUGAUGCAGCAAACCCUCCUCCAGCAGAAGCUCCACCAACCGAAGCAGCCCCGCCAGCAGAGCCACCGAAAGACCCACCACCACCACCACCACCUGAGAAUCCACCACAAGAUACUACACCACCACCCAUGGCUCCAGACGGUAACACAAGCCAGCCAGCACACAACCCCUCUGGACAAAAAGAUGUAGGAGAGGUUCAUGUAAUACACCUCCAUCCACCUGACUAUGGCUAUAGAUAUAGUUAUGGUCACGGCCAUGGUGGGCAAUGGCCCAAGUACCAUAAUGGCCAAGGGUUGCCACCAGAGCCUCCUCAACCCAUCUCUGUGACACACAGCUACAACACCUAUAAGCCGUCACCUUAUGUCACUGAGUACGAGCAUGUCCGGUCACCGCCUUAUGUCACCGAGUACGAGCAUGUCCGGUCACCACCACGACACACAUAUUACAGUAGGAUGGACCGGUAUAGUGAGGACCAUCACAAUGGCAACAAUGGCAAUGGAAAUAUCACAUCAAUGUUUAGUGAUGAAAAUCCAAAUGCCUGUAGGAUAAUGUAGAAGGCGUUGAGGCCUGUAUGAAAGGGGCUCUUUCUUUUGCCUUCCAGAGAGAC